AAACUUCGACAGCGCUUCUCCCUAUAGAUGCUGCCUGGCCUGCUGCGUUCCACCAGCAUUUUGUGUGUUUGUGUUAUAUGGGAAUAAACUAUCUUCUUUGAUACCAGGCAAUUUGUUUUAUGGCCUGAGGGGGAUGUUGUUAACAGGGCAAACAGGAUGGAAGUUCUAAAGAUCAAAUGUGAGAACGAGGUAAGGAUGAAGUUAGCAGAGGAAUGUAAUGUUAUGAAUGGAGCGACCUUUUGUAAAAGAAACAGUACUUUGAAACAGAAGAUGAGAGCUAUAUUUCCAGGCAAAACGUGGCUGCAGUUACAUCUUCCCUUGCAAUUAAAAUGAUAAAUUCAUUAAUGCUGUGAUCCGCUCCGUAUUUGUUGUAGUUUGUAUCUGCAUAUUGGAAGACCUAGCUGACAGAAUUUGGAGGUUCCACCGAGACGCUUGUCCAAGUGCGAGAGAGACUCAGGAAAUUCCGAGGACAGAACAGCCGAGGGAAAAUUAAAGUGUUUUUUUAAACCCUUCGCAGUUCGACUUCGGUUUUGUCUCUUUUUCGCCCUAUACACUGCGAUCAACGCUAUGAUAAUGGGUAGAUCAGUUUCUCACGUCACGAUUCCGACACGGUGGUGUGACGACAGAAACUUUGAAAGAGAUCGAUCUAGCGUCUGGGACGCGUGAAAAUUUUCUGAGGUAAUGUGAAAAAAGAUUAGUAAACUAUCCAAUAACUAAAAGACGUCAGGAACACCGGGCGCCCGAACUAAAUGCUGAAAUUUACUAAACCCUUCUGGACGAUGUAGUGAAAACUGUUUUCACCAUAUGUUAAUGUGAAGAGUGAACAGUAAAUGGUUAAUCUUACUGCGACCUGGUUUUCAUCGACUGUGGUUUAUCUCGGCGUUUAAUUCGGCGUUAUCAGUUACACCCGAAGGAGAACGUUACAGUGAAAAAGCGGCAUUAUCAGGUGUUUCAAGUGCUGCAAUGUCAUCUCGAUCCGGCAUCAAGUUGAUGCCGCCCAGCGACAAGGGCAGUAGAGCGACAUCGUAAGUCCACCCAUGCAAGAGCCAAGGCAGAAGCUGCCAGGAUGCGACUGCGCUACGCCAGACAAGAAACAGAUUUGAAAAUGGAACAGGCUGCCAGAGAAGCUGAAAUCCAGAAGGAAAAGGCUGCCAGAGAAAUGGAAAAGGCCGCCAGAGAAAUGGAAAAGGCCGCCAGAGAAAUGGAAAAGGCCGCCAGAGAAAUGGAAAAGGCCGCCAGAGAAAUGGAAAAGGCCGCCAGAGAAAUGGAAGCGGCCGCCAGAGAAGCCGAAACCCAGUUGGAAAUGGCAAAGAUAUCGACAAAGUUGCAAGUGCUGCAGCUAGAAGGAGAAGAAGAAGCUGCCAAGGCGGAAGCAGAGUACAUAGAAGAAGCUGAAGGAAUGCAUGAUCUGGCCGAAGUAAGAUCUACUUCAGAAAGGACCAGGUUGAAAUGCACAAUCGACUAUGUCCGAUCUCAAAUAGACAGGCAGGCUCGUCCUUCCUCUCCAUACGUAUUCGAUAACAUCCCAAGCCAUGAGGAACCUCAGAGAGGCUCGAUUGCAUCACAUCCAUACGAGGAAGACAACUUACCCUCGCAACUCCGUGAUGAAGUCGAGAAUGAAAGAGCUGACAACCAAUACUUCUCGACACCAAACUUACAAGAUUUGGUGAGAAGAGAUGCAGGGGUCGAAUUCAGGACGGCAAAUUCCAUAAGAAAUGUACGCCCUCAGUCAUAUAUGCGCCAACGUAUUUCUCCAGCCCGCAUGCCGCUUACAGUUGAUCCCACGAUGCAGUAUUUAACACGACGGGAUCUCGUCACUUCGGGACUGUACCGGUUUGAUGAUAAACCUGAAAAUUACCGUGCAUGGUACUCCACAUUCACCAACGCUAUCGACGGAGUCCAGCUCAGAGCAACCCAAGAGUUGGACCUUAUGGCGAAAUGGCUGGGAAAAGAAACACGCGAACAGGUGAGACGCAUACGUUCAGUGUACAUCAACAAACCCGAGCUAGCCUAAAGCAAAGCGUGAGAGAGACCUUGGGAGGGCUAUGGGGCCCCCGAAAUUAUUGAAGCGGCGCUAUAUCGACGUCUGGAAAACUUUCCUAAGGUGUCAGCCAAAGAUCACAUUAAGUUAAGAGAAUUCGGAGAUUUACUCAUGGAGAUCCAAGGUGCCAAAGAAGAUGGCUACUCAGCUGGUCUAAUAUACCUAGAUACUCCAUCCGGGAUUAGACAGGUCGUGGACAAACUUCCAUUUGGGCUGCAGGACAGGUGGCUGUCCGUUGCUUUAGAAUACAAGGAAGACCACGAUGAUCGAUUUCCUCCCUUUAAGCUCCUCAAUAGGUUUGUGUGCAGGGAGGCGAAGAAGCGAAACGACCCUAGCCUCGCGGGUCCAGGAAGCAGUACGAUUUACACCAAGCCAGGUAGAUCCUCUUCGAAUGUUUUCAACAUUGAUAAACCCGUCUCAGUGCUCAAGACUGAAGCCCUUACAACUAACAACGACCCUAGCAAGUAUUGUCCAUUGCAUAACAAACCUCACCCCCUCAAAGGAUGCAGAAUGUUUAGGGAAAAACCCCUUGAAGAGAGGACGGCCCUUCUCAAGGAGAAAAGAAUAUGCUUUAGAUGCUGUUCCUCAACCUCUCACCUCGCCAGAGAGUGUACGAUCGCCGUAAAGUGUCCAGAAUGUGAUAGCACUGAUCACGUUGGGGCCAUGCAUCCCGGCCUGUCACUGCAAACCGACAACGCUCCUUCACCCCUACAACAGGACGGCGGGGAGGGACAGGCUCACUCUAGGACAACAGUUGUCAGCACGAACUGUACAGGAGUUUGCGGUCAAGGUCAGUCAAGCCGUUCUUGUUCCAAGAUCUGCCUCACUAAGGUGUACCCUAAAGGAGCCAAAGACAAGGCCAUCAAAGCCUAUGUGAUUCUGGAUGAUCAGAGCAAUCGCUCACUAGUCAGUUCAGAGUUCUUUAAAUUGUUCAACAUUGAGAGUGAGCAGUUCCGAUACUACCUCAGAACUUGCUCAGGCAACAUGGAAACCCAAGGAAGGAAGACAGAAGGCGUCUAGAUCGAGUCCCUGGAUGGUAAAGUCGUCAUCUGUCUCCCUCCGCUCUUAGAGUGCAAUGAAAUCAUGAAUAACCGCACUGAGAACCCGACACCAAGUGCGGUGCUACACCAGCCACAUCUCCACCACAUCGCAAAACACAUCCCAGAACUGGAUCCAAAAGCAGAAAUACUCCUGCUGUUAGGGAGAGACGUUCUCCGGGUGCACAAGGUUAGGCAGCAGGUCAAUGGACCACACGACGCCCCCUUUGCGCAACGCCUGGAUCUAGGCUGGGUGGUGAUAGGAGGGGUGUGCCCUGACAAAGUACACAAACUGACGGUUAACACACUCAAGACCAAUGUGCUAGAGAGUGGCCACCAUUCAAUUUUUCAACCCUGCACAAGUGUCCCGUGCGUUAAGGAAGCACAACAAGACGUUAACAAGCGUAAAGUAACUGACGAGACGCUGGGUCAGUCAGUUUUCGCUCAAACUGAGCAUGGUAAUAAACUUGCUCAAUCAGCUCAAGAUGCCAUUUUCCUAAAAACAAAGGACACCAAGGUCUUCAGAGAUGAAGCAAAUAAUGGGGUCGCCCCAUUGCCUUUCAGAGAACCACGCCAGCGCUUGCCAAAUAACAAAGAGCAGGCAGUCAAGCGGUUCACGUCCUUACAAAAAACCCGGAAAAGGAAACCUGAGAUGCAGCAACGCACCCGAUUGACCCACGAGGUACUGUGCACCCUAAUGGCAGAGGUCACAGCCAUUAUAAACGCACGACCACUCCUACCUGUGUCUUCUGACUCAGAAAACCCCUUCAUACUUUCACCAUCAACACUCCUUACGCAGAAGGCAGGAGCUCCCCCUCCACCAGGAGACUUCUCAGACAAGGAUUUGUACACAAAGCAAUGGAGACAAGUCCAAGCUCUGGCAAAUCGGUUCUGGUCUCGCUGGAGACAGGAAUAUCUACCUUUGUUGCAACAGAGACAAAAGUGGACAGAACCCCGCAGGAAUCUUCAAGUUGGAGACUUAGUCCUGCUCAGGGACAAGCAAAUCGCCCGCAACAGCUGGCCAAUGGCCAGAAUCACUGCUACAUUCCCUAGUGGGGAUGGACAUGUCAGGAAGAUCGAAUUGAAGACCACCGACCAAGUCGAUGUGAAAAUUUACCAAAGGCCAGUUACAGAAGUUAUUCUACUUCUACCUAAUGACUGAUUAAGAGUUUUGUACUCUGUUCAUUGUGACCUUACGAAGGUCAGGCGGGGAGUGUGUUGUCUUUAUGACAGUUAUUUAGUUUAUAAUAUUUUCGCUUAGUAAUUCAUUUGUUUGUAUUUUCUAGUUAGAAUUAGAAGUGUUUAAAGUAUAUUAAUUGCCUGUAAAAUAUAUCGGCAUGCGAUGACGUCACAUCCGGUUUCGCCACGUCUUGUGGGAAAAUACCGGUUUGAGAUCGACGCAAGGGUGGGGGCUCACCAUGAGGCAGACCUGAGCAGAAGUUGUUUUGCAAGCAUUAGAAAUCACAGUGAGAGCACGCUGUAAGUUAAUAGAUAAUCGAUAAAUUGAACUAAGAUGCUAACGCCGAUCCUGUUAAAAGUAACGACGGUCGAUAAUGUUUAUGUUUUUGUUAGUUAAAGAGUUGUGGAUAGUUUGCAUUGAAGUGUAUUUAAAGUAGUCAAUGGCAUAGGUAAACUCUGCCUGUAUACUGCACCUUAAUGUAAUGUAGUUAUAGUCACUUUUACAAGUAUUUACAAUGGAAAUGUGAUGUUAAGAAAUGAACAAAUACUGUAUCAAUCUUGUAUUGUUUUAUCAACAGUUUUCACCAUAUGUUAAUGUGAAGAGUGAACAGUAAA